AUGGGACGGCUCGGGCCUCUUGGAGGCGUGCAGCCGCGCGUAAUGGAUCCACUUGUGCAGCCAAGCCCCCCCGUGCUCGUGCACGAGCCCGCGUCGCCCGUGGCCAAGCUAGAGGAGCCGAACUCCACCGAUAAUGAUCAAGGCACCGACGAAGAGACGGGCGUGAUCCGAUGUAUAUGUUUGUGUGAUGACGACGACGGCUUUACCAUCCAGUGCGACCGCUGCUCUGUUUGGCAGCACUGCGCUUGCUUUGGCAUGUCGCAGUCGAGUGUACCAGACGAGUAUUUGUGCGAGGAGUGCGAUCCGCGCGAGGUCAACGUCGAGUUUGCGCGCGUACACCAGCGGCGGCGCCUCCUUGAAGAGGCCCGGCGGCGCUCAUACAAAGGCCGCAGCGCGGCGUCGGUCGAUCUGGACGCGGCAAAUGCGGCGAUGCACGCUGCAGAGCCGUCGUCGCCGCGCAAACGUGCAAACUCGCGCGGCCGCUCGCCGCGCUCCCUCGCCACCUCGCCGAAACUGCGCGCGGUGCACGACACAGAAGCGGCGCGCACAAAAUCUGUGCGCCGCAAGCAACCGCGCGGGCGCAAGCCGAGCAAAAGUGCGCCGAGCGCGCCGCGGCCCGACGACGACUCGCACUUUGACAAACUCGAGUCGUGGCAGAUUGAGUACACACACGUGUUCACCAACAUUGUUCACGACCGGCGCAUCCUCGAUGCGCUUGCACAGCACUGCAGCACCGCCGUGCGGACGCUGCACACCCCAGACUUUGUACUUGCGCCGCUGGUCUACCCCGCCGACGAAGCGGCGAUGGCGUGUGAUUCUGAUGGUCUUGCGGUGCGCGGCAACGAGCACAUUCCCCUCGCCAUCCACGCGCCGUCGCUCCACGAGGUAGCUGCGCGCACGCACAUUCGCCCCAUCUCCGACCAGGUAACGAGCAAUUUUUUCAGCAGCAUCCAGCACCUGCAGCCGCCCGCGUCGCAGCCCCAAAAGAUAUGGCGCGCCUCGAAAGCGUUCUGCCAUCCUGCCAUGCACGGCCUUUUUGCCGAUACCGCCAUUCCCAGCGGCGCGUUUAUCACCGAGUUCCGCGGCGAGAUCUACGAUGCAGAUGCAUACCGACGCAGCCCGAUGAACCAGUACGAUAAAAUGGGCACCGUCAAGCCGCACGUCCACCUUCUUCCGCCGCCGCUCAACAUUGCCCUCGACGCGCGCAUGUACGGCAAUGCUGCACGCUUUGUGCGCUCGAGCUGCCACCCCAAUGCAGUGCUGCGCCCUGUACUGCACUACGCCGGCGACGCGCCGCAGCUUGUGUUUGGCAUUUUCGCCAUUGCGCCGAUUCCGCGCGCACACGAAAUUACGCUCGGGUGGGAGUGGGACGAUGCGCACCUCGUGCAUACCCUGCCGGGCCUUGUGCGCCGCCCGUGGAGUGCUGCAGCCCAUCGUCGUGCCGACGCCAAGCAGCGUGUGGAUAUGGACGCGUUUGCCCAGCGCGGCGAGUUUCCCUACGCCUCCACGAUCCUCUGCGCUAAAUUCAAUGCAGUAGUGACCGUGAUGCUGGGAAAUGCUACGUGCGCGUGCUUUGGCCCUUCUCUGGGUGGCUCCAGCACCAAUGCGUACAAUGUAAAGCGCCAGAACUGUGCCGUGGUCCAGAUGCUGCGUAUUGGCCAGGGAAUGCCAUUACUGCGCACGGCCGAUGCACUCAAGGCCUCGAAGCCGAAACCCAUCUUGUUCGCGCCGCUGGUCGGUGCAUUCCGUGGAUGGAAUCUCGAUAAUGGCAAGGCGCACCAUCACCUGCGUGCAAAAUUAGCCCAAAACAACUGCUUCGUCAGGCGCUGUGUGUAUGCGAGCGACGUGGAGAGCGACGUGGAGAGCGACGUGGAGAGCGACGGGCAUGCUUCGGACGCCACAGCGCCGCUUUCCGAUACUGAGUAUGCCAGUGGGGACGAGGAUCCUUAUGUCACGCUUGCGCUCGAGCAGUUGCGCCGCGAUGCGCUGAGCAGCGACGCUGCGCCGCGCAUUUUGCCGCUCAAGAAGCGAGGUGUGCGCACUCGGAUCGCCGCGCCCGCCGCCGAGGCCAGUGUGCGGCAAAAGAAGCGCGCCGCGCGCCCGUCGCUUGCUACGCCAGCCGAUAUGCCUGUCUCGAUGAAGCGCCAAAAGGUGCGCGCACUCUUUGACAAGACAGCGCCGAGCUCGCCCUAUUUCUCGGAAGAGAACGAGAGGGAUGGGUAUGUUUCGCCUUCGGAACGCACGCAUGCGAAAAUGGCGCGCCAGGCUUUGCCGAAGGAUGUGCGUGCAAAUACGAGGCUUUUGUCGGGCAGGCAAGGGGCAGAAAUGCGUAUGGACGUGGAUGCGGCCGACGUGUGCAGUGCACCGGCGAUACAAGAGGCACGGGAGCCUAUGGCAAAUUUCGUGGAGGCACCGCACGUUGUAGCGCCUGUGCCUGCCGCGGUGUCUGUGCCUGCGUCUGCGCCCGUGUCUGUGUCUGCGCCCGUGCCUGCGUCUGCGCCUGUGCCCGUACCUGCGCCUGAGCCUAUGCCUGAGCCCGUGUCUGCGCCCGUGUCUGAUCCUGUGUCUGCGCCCGUGUCUGAUCCCGUGUCUGAACCCUUGCCUAAGCCUGAGCCUAUGCCCGUGUCUGAACCCGAGCCUACGCCUGCCGCAGUGCCUGCCUCAGCGCCCAUCCCCAAGAAGCGUCUCUCGCUCGCAGAGUACAAGGUGCGCCUUGCCGAGCGCAGGCAAACUGUCGCUCAAGAUGCAUGCUCUGCACCCGCGGAAAAGGCACUAAAUACAUUGACUGAGCACGCGAUACAGCCAAGCACGCCGUUGCCUGUGAGCACACGCGAAGCUGUGCGCUCGGUCAUUAUUCCGCAAUCUCCACCGCGCGAUGCACUGCCCAGUGGCGCUGCAUGGCAACGCGUCGAAGCGUUGGAACCACGCAAGUCUCUUGCGUCGCCCACGUCUUUGCGCGGGCCCGUGUCUGUACACGAGCCUCCGCCACUCGCUGCACCGACGAAACCUGCGCCGAAACUCUGCGCUCCGCCCGGCCCCCCGCCGCCGAUGCCGCCUGCGCUCCGUGCGAUGCAAAGCAAACCCAAGCCCGGCCCGCCGCCCAUGCCGCCUGCGCUCCAGGACAUGCAGCGGCAUGGCAGCGGGCGCGGCGCGCCAUCUCACGGAGCAGGCUUUCGCCGUGAUGGAUGGCGUGCUGUAUAG